UCUUUUAUUUUUUACUACUAAUAAAAAAGUUAAUUACUAACAUAAACCUUCGGCUGUUUUUAUUUAUUUAUCUAUUCAUUUAUUUUUUUUUACCAAAAUCAUGUUUUUUUGGUGCUUUACAAUUGGGGAAUGUGUUUUAUCACUUGUGAUAAACUUUACCCUAAGUAAAGGUUUCAAAUCACUGUUUGUAUCGUUCAUGUGGGAGUUGUACGAGUAUACAGGAGAAGAAAACAUUAAUUUUGACUUACAUCCAUGGACACUUUUUUUUUUUUUUAUUGUCCUUUAUAUUCCAAUUUAUCACACCUCUAAUUAAUCAUCUGUGUUUCAGAAGUUACCAUGCGUCGCCACAUUUUGAUAAGAUGUGCCAGGACUCGAGCAUGUGGGAUCCUGAAGCGUUUAUUAUCUUCGCGCAACUUCAUCUUGUUCACCUUUGCUGCUAGUCUGCUAUUCAUUUGCACACCGUUCUCGGAGACGAAACGUGAGGUAAUGUUAAGCUUCGGUGAAAUCAGCACCAGAAAUGAAAGGACUUUGAAGACCCACCAUUGGAAUGUGAACUUUGAAAAUAUGAAUAUUAGUGUAGAUAAUGACACGUUUAGUGAAAUGGAAAAAGUGUUCUUGCAAAUCUACAAUCUUCCUAGAAGGUAUAAUGUCAAAACGCAACCUAAAAAGCACAAGAGUAAAUGUUCUGUUUACCCUGCUGUCAAUGAGCUUCUCUUCAGCAAUAUUUAUUGGCAAGUUCUCCACGCUGCUACGGCCACCUUUCAUCUUUAUAGCGCAUUUUUUGACAAUCGCUCUCUUUCUAAACCAAGACCAGUUGUCCGCAUUCUAACCAUGGUUAACAAAUACAAACCCCCCAAAAAUCUUAACUGUCAAUUAUGGUAUGCUAGCAGAAGUGUUCCUGUUAUAGCUCCUGUAACCAAAUACAGAUUUUUGUGUUUCCAUGAAGUUGUAGCGGUGAAGAACUUGUCGCUUCAGCCAUAUAUGCUGGAGUGUGGCGUUCCACCUAAGCACAGUCAUCAGGUACCCGAGUCUGUGUCGUUGGUAGAGGGACGCUGCGACCAGCCCACCAACAACCUUCGUGUCAUCCAUAAUCUUCCGACCGGAGACCGCAAGGCAGAUUUUGCUGUGUGCGUAAAAGGAAUGAAGUUUUUUAAGGAUGAAAGCGUGCGUCUGGUGGAAUGGUUGGAACUCAAUUUCCUUCUUGGAGCAGAUAAAAUAUACUUAUAUGAAAUCGAGACCCAUCCGAACAUCUCAAAAGUACUGAAGCAUUAUGAAUCUCGAGGAAAAAUAGAUGUGAAAAAAUUUUCUCAACCUGGUGAGCUGCCAAAUGUUCUCGGAUUACAGGAGAUAUUUUUUAGAAAGUACAAGUCAACAAUAUGUGCAGCGGAAGACCUAAUGUACAAUGACUGUCUGUAUAGAAAUAUAAACCGAUACAAGUUUGUAGCGGUCAUUGACAUCGAUGAGGUUCUCAUGCCGAAGACGAAGUCUAGUUGGAAAGAAAUCAUGGAAAGCAUAGCACCGGGAGUGCUAUCAGGUAAAGACCACAAGUGGUCGUCUUUCGCCCACUACAUGGUGUAUUUCUUGCCCGUUAUGCAACAAAAGCACGGGUGGGUGAAUGACGUGCCUCACUUCAUGCCUAUGCUGCAAAACCUUCACCGUGCUGCCAAUCACAGCUUUUCUAAGUGGCAGAUCAAGUCCAUUCACGACACGCAGAGAGUCCUUACCAUUCACAAUCACUUCCCUUUCAAUUGUCUGGGAGGCAAAUGUUCUACCUUGUUCAUACCAAGAGAGACUGCACAAUUAAAUCAUUACCGCAAUGACUGCAGAUGGACACUGAGAAAAGAGUGUCCCUAUUACAAAAAUCAUACUAUUCUCGAUGAUAGCAUCUUGAGAUUCAAGGCACCACUACUGAACAAUACUCUUAACACACUUUACCAACUCGGAUUCCUCAAGGAGUAGACAAGAGUUGUCGAAAUAAAAACAAAGUAUCACUAUAAAACGUGAAGGUGCAAAAUUCCCUUCAGUUUGAUCAGAAAGUUUAAAUAGUGAAAUGUUUAUUUUUAAUACACAUGACGUUCACAGUACUACUAUAAUCACUGCCUUUAGUGAAAAUACAAACAUAAAUACUAUAUAGUAAGAAUUAGAAAUACAAUGUCAAGCAAGACCAGCGCGGUAUGUUUACUGCUUGGAAACUGUGUGUAUGUUGUUCUGAACUGUAUUAGUUGAAAUCACUUUGUUCACAUUCUACCGUUUUUUCCAAGAAGUACUAUCACAUCAUUUAGUGAAAACUUUAUUAGAAUAUGAAUAUUGGGUAAUAAAAAGACACGGCUGUGGAUGCCACUGUUAAAGUUAUUUACUUGAAAAAAAAAAACACAACGAAAUGAACAUGUAAAAGUUUUCAAAACCCCUUGGAAUCAUCGUUAUCUGUGAUGAUAUAUUGAGAUAUACAGAAUCUUAAUGCGCGCGCGCACCCACGCACGCACGCACGCACGCAUACGAUAACUUUACGAAAUGAAAGAAGAUAGAAGAAACAAGAAAAGAAGACGGAUGGAUGAGGGCAAAUAGAAAAAAAAAACGUGAAGUAAAAAAAAAAAGUACCAAUGCAGCUGUUGGUAUGGUAUUUUGACCUGAAAAAAUUGGGAAGGCCCUGACAGAACUAACCCUAAAUGGAAUAGAGUUAUAAACCUGCCACCGUGGUCGAGGGGACCCAGACCGGAUGUAGGGUUAAGGAAAAGGCAAGCACAGCUGAAGGAACAGCUAAAGGAAAAGCUGAGGGAACAAUAUGUGCGAAGGAGGUCAAAAGGGAGAUGUGCUGUGAGAACUUCUUACUGUGCAUUAUACCCAAACUCCGCCCUGAUACUCUGAUUGCACAAAACCAUAUAUUGCCAUGCCUAUGGGCGGAAUGUGAAUGAAUUGUAUUAGUGUAUGUGUAUAAUGUAAAAUGUAUGAUAGUUGUUUUUUUUUCUAUGGAAAAAUGCAACAAACUAGAAUAUAUAAUGUCAUGUAACUGAGGUAGAAAUCAGACAGCAGAAUGCAAGCAGAGAGCAGUGGGCAGGAGCAGAGAGGUUGCAGUGGUUCCAGAUCUAAGAGGAUCUUUCAUGUAAGUGAAGCUUAAAAGAUGUGUGAUGCAGUCUCAGUAAUUAUUGUCUCAUGAGGGUGAA